ACCACUCACACCCGAAGAGUAUAAAGCUGAGCCCCCAGUUGGCUGCGGACCAGUUGCAGCCCGAGUUUCAAGCCGCAACAUGUAUUUCGCAGUGGUUCUGCCCACUCUUUCCGCCCUACUGGUGAUGGCCAGCGCCCAGUUUCCCCAAUACCCGCCCCAAUUCCCUGAGGGCCCCGUGCAAACAUACGGCCCCCCCCAGCCCUUCUACCCAUUUAGAGCCGGAAGUUUCCACCCGAUGCGUUACCACAUGCCGCCUAGGGAGAACCCGUUCGACCAUGUUUUCAACGAAAAAGGCGAUCGACUGAGCUGCAAAAUGGUGUGCUCCCCAUCCAACGACCUGGACGACGUGGAGUCCCCCCCAGAGAAGAAGGAGAGCGCAGAGAACCGCAUUGAGAAGAAGGAGUAGAGUGUGGCUUUCGUAGAAUAAAGAGGCAACUUCUUUCACAACUGA